AUGGCAGGCUGGAUCCAGGCCCAGCAGCUGCAGGGAGAUGCGCUGCGCCAGAUGCAGGUGCUGUACGGGCAGCACUUCCCCAUUGAGGUCCGGCACUACCUAGCGCAGUGGAUCGAGAGCCAGCCCUGGGAUGCCAUUGAUCCAGAAAAUCCCCAGGACCAAGCCCAGGCCACCCAGCUCCUGGAGGGCCUGGUGCAGGAGCUGCAGAAGAAGGCGGAGCACCAAGUGGGGGAAGAUGGGUUCUUACUGAAGAUCAAGCUGGGGCACUAUGCCACGCAGCUCCAGAACACGUAUGACCGCUGCCCCAUGGAGCUGGUCCGCUGCAUCCGGCACAUUCUGUACAAUGAACAGAGGCUGGUCCGAGAAGCUAACAAUGGCACCUCUCCUGCUGGGAUCCUGGUUGACGCCAUGUCCCAGAAACAUCUUCAGAUCAACCAGACAUUUGAGGAGCUGCGACUGGUCACGCAGGACACUGAGAAUGAACUAAAGAAGCUGCAGCAGACUCAAGAGUAUUUCAUCAUCCAGUAUCAAGAGAGCCUGAGGAUCCAGGCUCAGUUUGCCCAGCUGGCCCAGCUGAACCCCCAGGAGCGCCUGAGCCGGGAGACAGCCCUCCAGCAGAAGCAGGUGUCCCUGGAGGCCUGGCUGCAGCGAGAGGCCCAGACUCUGCAGCAAUACCGUGUGGAGCUGGCCGAGAAGCACCAGAAGACCCUGCAGCUGCUGCGGAAGCAACAGACCAUCAUUCUGGACGAUGAGCUGAUCCAGUGGAAGCGCAGGCAGCAGCUGGCCGGCAAUGGAGGGCCCCCUGAGGGCAACCUGGACGUGCUGCAGUCCUGGUGUGAGAAGCUGGCCGAGAUCAUCUGGCAGAACCGGCAGCAGAUCCGCAGAGCUGAGCACCUCUGCCAGCAGCUGCCCAUCCCCGGCCCAGUGGAGGAGAUGCUGGCUGAGGUCAAUGCCACCAUCACUGACAUCAUCUCAGCCCUGGUGACCAGCACGUUCAUCAUUGAGAAGCAGCCCCCUCAGGUCCUGAAGACCCAGACCAAGUUUGCAGCCACCGUGCGCCUGCUGGUGGGUGGGAAGCUGAACGUGCACAUGAACCCCCCCCAGGUGAAGGCCACCAUCAUCAGUGAGCAGCAGGCCAAGUCACUGCUCAAGAAUGAGAACACCCGCAACGAGUGCAGUGGAGAGAUCUUGAACAACUGCUGUGUCAUGGAGUAUCACCAAGCCACUGGCACCCUCAGCGCCCACUUCAGAAACAUGUCGCUAAAGAGAAUCAAGCGUGCCGACCGGCGAGGCGCGGAGUCCGUAACGGAGGAGAAGUUCACGGUCCUGUUUGAGUCGCAGUUCAGCGUAGGCAGCAAUGAACUUGUGUUUCAGGUGAAGACCCUGUCCCUUCCUGUGGUUGUCAUCGUUCACGGCAGCCAGGACCACAAUGCUACCGCCACUGUGCUGUGGGACAAUGCCUUUGCUGAGCCGGGCAGGGUGCCGUUUGCCGUGCCUGACAAAGUGCUAUGGCCGCAGCUGUGUGAAGCGCUCAACAUGAAAUUCAAGGCCGAAGUGCAGAGCAACCGGGGCCUGACCAAGGAGAACCUCCUGUUCCUGGCACAGAAACUGUUCAACAGCAGCAGCAGCCACCUCGAGGACUACAACAGCAUGUCCGUGUCCUGGUCCCAGUUCAACAGGGAGAACUUGCCAGGCUGGAACUAUACCUUCUGGCAGUGGUUUGACGGGGUCAUGGAGGUGCUGAAGAAGCAUCACAAGCCCCACUGGAAUGACGGGGCCAUCCUAGGUUUUGUGAAUAAGCAACAGGCCCAUGACCUGCUCAUCAACAAGCCCGAUGGGACCUUCUUAUUGCGCUUUAGUGACUCAGAAAUCGGGGGCAUCACCAUCGCCUGGAAAUUUGACUCUCCUGACCGCAACCUGUGGAACCUGAAGCCUUUUACCACGCGGGAUUUCUCCAUCCGGUCCCUGGCCGACCGCCUGGGCGACCUGAGCUAUCUCAUCUACGUGUUUCCCGACCGGCCCAAGGAUGAGGUCUUCUCCAAGUACUACACUCCUGUGCUCGUUCCCCCCUCGGCAGCUAAAGCAGGGGACGGAUACGUGAAGCCGCAGAUCAAGCAAGUGGUCCCUGAGUUUGUGACAUCUGCAGACGCUGCUGGGGGCAGUGCCACCUACAUGGACCAGGCCCCCUCCCCUGUUGUGUGCCCCCCGACUCAUUACAACAUGUACCCACAGAAUCCUGACCCCGCCCUUGACCAGGAUGGAGACUUUGACCUGGAUGAGUCCAUGGACGUAGCCAGGCACGUGGAGGAACUCCUGCGCCGCCCGAUUGACAGUCUGGACCCCCGCCUGUCCCCGCCUACGGGGCUCUUCACCUCUGCCAGAGGCUCGCUCUCCUGAAUGUUUGAAUCCCAGGCUUCUUUUUGGAAACAUACUCAUGUGAAGGGUUCAUGUUAAUUGUGGUUUUAGUGUUGCUGCGCAUAUUGGUGUGUUUGCAGGCAGCACAUGUACGCGUGCAUACGUGUGUGUAUUUGUGUGCGAGGUGUGCCCGCCUUGCCUUCGCAGUCCUGGGCGUGUGGCUGCAACAGUGGCAGCUGCCUUUUUCUUUAGAUCAGGGUAUCCCAAGAGCCCCCUGGGCCUGUCUCUGUUGUGGAAGAGACUGCGCUGCUUCUGUUGUGUCAGGUACUCACUCAGUGCAGGCAAACCUAUAGCUGUCAGGGCCUUCAUCUGCUCAGAGCCAUCUGGGUGAAACUCUUCAGGAAGGAUCUAGAGACAGGCAGCGUCUCUAAGCUUUACUCCUGACUUAGAAGCUUCGCCUCCCAAGUGUAUGUGUGUUUGUGUGUGCACAUGUGCAUAUAUGUGCAUCUUUUCUCAUGCACAUGUGUUGGUCUAUUACUUCUUCCCUCAGGAGGGAGGUUGGGGUUCAAUUUUGAACAAUAUUUUAUACUUUAUCUAAUGAAUAUAGACUCCAGACUAUUUGUGAACUGAGAGCUUAUCUAGGUCUUGGCCAUGUCCCUAACACAGCAGAAAUGGGGGUCAUUUAAGUCAGGCCUGUCAAAGCUGCUCUGAGUGUGUCAUUUCUUGGCCUUUGGGCCUCCCGUCUGGAGCGUGACGCCAUUGCCCAAGUUCCAGCUACUUCCUACCCAAUAUCCCCUCCCUUCCCCUCCAUUAGGCCCCAGCUUUCUUUCCUUGCCUCUGUUGCUUACAGGAGAGGUAGGAGAGGGAAAGAUGGGUCUAGGACAUGGUGGACCCAGGAUUUGCAGGGAUAAACAGGGGACCCCCUCCAAUCCUGGAAAAAAACCUGAAUCAAGAAAUAGGAGCAAAUUAGCCUCUUGCUGCAUGCCUGUGGGAUCUGGAGUGAGGGGUGAAAGCUGAUCUCUGCUUCCACUCUGCUGGGAGGUGGGACCUGGAAGAGGCCUCAUCACAGUUGCAUAACUGGCUGUGGUCUGAGAAGGCCUGGCUCCCAACCUCACUUGCUCCGCCCUCUGCGGCUAUCUGGCCUGCGGCCAAGAGAAGCUGACCGUGGGAUAUCAGGAGCCCCAGGUUUAAAACUCUCUGAAGGCAGAUGGGAAUGAGAUGGAGUCUUUUGUACUCUGUACAUAGGCCACACGUUUGGAAAAGUGUUUUUGAAUAAAAUAUUUUUUUCAUAAAA